CCAACCAGUGUUGAAACUUUGCGGGUAACUGCGUUGCACGGCUCAGCUGCGCUUCGAUGAGAAACCAAACAGGGGUAAAGCGUUUCCAAUGCGGUGGUUCGCGUUUGGUUUCAACGCAUUUGGACAGAUAUAUGUCCAUGAGAAACUGAUUAAAGGAGAGUGUAGCGACGCUGUUAAUGAAAUCAAAGUGAGCAGCCCAACAGAGCUGGCCGGUCGGGCGGACUGCUGCUUGAACACUGACAGUCAGAUUAGAGCCAGCUGGAGUCGAAGAGCAUCUUUGCAUUUGGAUGGUGGCAGCCGUGUGUGCCUGGCAGGUUUCGGGGCAGUCCUCUCCAGUGAGUCCUGUAGCAGCUGUAUGAAGGAGAGCCGUGGCUGUAAGGAUGCCUUCAUCAGUGAGUCCUACUUGACCCUCGCUUUCCCAGACAGAAUUGAGUCCUGGGAUCUGCAGAAAGAAGAGGAGACUCCAUCAUGGAGCAUGGAAAUAAAAAAGGAGAGCCAUGGACCCCCUUUGAAUCUCCCAUUGGUCCCUGGGGGUUACAUAGCCACAAAAGCACCCUUCUACCGCUCUUUAUCGCCACACCUGAAAGCCAAGAGUCUGGCACUGAGUGCAGAGCACGCCAUCCUUCUCAGUGCCUCUGGAGCUGUGUACACCUGGGGACUGGGCAGCCAUGGUCAGCUGGGGCAUGGGGACCUCACCUCUGAGGAGGAGCCCAGGGCAGUGGAGGCACUUUUGGGGAUGCCCAUGAGCUGUGUAGCUACAGGAAGCUGGCACUCUGUCUGCAUUAGUGAUGGAGGGGAUCUAUAUGUGUGGGGCUGGAAUGAAACAGGUCAGCUUGGACUUCCAUCACGAGGUCUGAGGAAAGCACUGCAGGAGCAAUGCAGCCAACAAGCAGGAACAGGAGCUCCAUGCCAAGAUGGCAGUACUUCUCCUCCUGAAGAGCCACAAGAGGGAGAGAAACUCGACGAGGUAUUCAUAUCGAUCCAGGCAUUCCCGGCUCUGCUGGAUAUCACUCCAUCCUGUGAAAUCAGGACAGUCAGCUGUGGCUCCCGCCACACAGCUGCAGUAACAACAACAGGUGACCUCUACACCUGGGGCUGGGGUGACUACGGCCAACUUGGACACCAGACUUUAAUCAGUUCGGAUGAACCCCAACGUGUGGAGUUCUUCAGGGAGCGACAGAUGUGUGUUUUUGAUGUUGUGUGUGGGCCGUGGAAUACUUUUGCUGCUGUUGUCAAGGAGGAAGUAGCUUAAAAAUACAUUGAUAAAUGUGGACACUGGACUUUGGACAACCAGGAAAUAUAAAUGAUCACAACAAAUACGGGACUUUGAAUCAAAUGUAUUUUGUUACAUAUGAAUACAGAAGUUCCUCUCAUUUUU